AUGUCUGUAGAGAUGGUGGAGCUCUCCGUUAAAGCACCGGAGCCGGUCCGACCGGCCGGGAUCCUCCAACAGAACCGGGUCUUCCUGGACUUCUUUUGGGACUUAGCCAAACCGGAUCAGGAGGUCCGACUGAAAGCGGUGAAGGACCUGAUCCAGUACCUGAAAACCAACAACAAGGCAGAUGAGUUGGAGUACACCUUUAAAAGGCUGGUAGACGGACUGGCUCACACACGAGAGGCUGCCAGACCUGGAUUCAGCCUGGCUCUGGGACAGGUCUUAAGCGCCUUUGAAGACGUCUCCCUGCAGAGUACACUAGACAGAAUCAAAGCAAAGCACAAUUUGCAGGCAGUGAAAAAGAAACUUUUCAGAAAUGCUUUGUUUGGAAACUUGUUUGGCGUCCUCGCCCUUCAGCAGUCCGGCCGCCUCUCCAAAGAGCCCCAGGUGGUGUUGGGAUGUGUGCAGCUCCUUCAGAGCCUCGGCCAACACAGACAACAUGUGAAGGACCUGCCCACUAAGACCAUGAUGGACAUCCUUAACGAGAUCCCAGAGGAGGUGUUCGAGGAGGUCCUGCUUGGCGCCCUGCAAACUGACCUGGCAUCAGCCUUCAGCACUCCAGAGCAGCUGCAGCUGCUGCUGGUCGCCCUGCAGCGUUUCCCACAAACCCUCAAACCCAAGAAACUCAAGAAGCUGCUGGGAUCGUCGACCAUCAUCAACGCCGACAACAUCCCCAAGUUGACUGAGGUGAUAAAGAUGGCGGCCCAGUCGGUGAAGAAGGAGUGUGUCCUCCCAGCGGUGGUCCUGGACCUCCUGAAGCUCUCACUGAAGGAAGACAGCUUCCAGCUCUUCUGGAAUAACGCCAUCAUCAACGGCAUGCUAAAGGAGCCACCGGGGCCAGCUCGUUACCUGAGUUUCCGUCUGCUGGGCAGCGCCCUGCCUCUUCUGUCUGUGGCCCAGCUGAAGGAGGUGCUGUCUGGAGAGGUGAUGACGCACUACGGGGAGCACGUGGUGUCUGCUCAGACAAAGGACCGCUUCAAGCUGGCCCCAGAGAUGGAGACCUAUGUGUCGGACUUCCUGCAGGGCUGUCAGGACGCCGACAGACAGCUGGCAGUGAUGGUGGGCUUCUCCUCGCUGACCAACAGGGGCUACCCGGUGGUACCGUCGGUGUGGAGGGUGGUGCAGCACCUGCAGCCUGCAGCUCUGCAGCAGUACGUGGAGUGGCUGAAGAACAUGUUCCUGCAGCCUCAGCUGGACAAGUUGCUGGAUUUCAGCACCCGCAAGCAGAAGGACAGUCAGGAAGGAAAAGAACAGGGGGAGAACGUCACAUUCCGUCUGAGGAAGUGGAUCGUCUCUCGGCUCUCCUCGAUCAUUGACAACUACCAAGUGAAGAAGCAGGAGGAUCUCAUCAUGGAUGUGGCCAGGUUUGUGUUUUUCCACGCGUUCUUCAGUGCCAAGAAGGCCUCGGACGACAUCCCCGAGACAAAGGGGAAGCUUUCUGCCCCACUGGAUGAGAAAACCAGAGGAGUGCUUGUCAAUUCUUUCUUUGGACUCCUCCUGUCCAUGCACCACCUGCCUCUGAUUGAGGACUCAGUCGAAGGCAACCAAAAGCGUGUACAGGGUGUCACAGCCGAUGGCACCAUGUGGAUCUACCACCUGGUUCAGUACGCCAAAGUCCUGCUUAACCAGCCGAAACACGUCCAGAGCAGCCAGCCCUUCAGCCCCGAGCAGAGACAGGCCUGGGACAGCAUGCUGGAGUCGGUGGCAAACCUGAAGAAGAAAGCAAAGAAAGGCGCGACUGCAGAGAGCAGCGCCUUCCAGCAGCUCUUCCUGUUGGUCGGCAUGCACCUCUUUAAGGCCCCUGAAGAGCUGCUGGACAUCAUGAAGGACCUGCAGAGCUGCGUGGACAAGGCUCAGGAGAAGAAGGCCAAGAAGAAGAAGAAGAAACAAGCCACAGAGGAGGAGGAGCCAGAGUGGGUGGAGGUGAUGGUGGACAUCUUGUUGUCCCUGCUGUCCCAGCCGAGCCGACACAUCAGACAGGUCUGCAAAACGGUCUUCUCCACCAUCUGCCCUCACGUUACUGCAGCGGCCCUCACCGCCAUCUUAGAUGUCCUGGACCCAGAGAAGGAUGACGAGGAGGACGCUGCUGUGGUCGUCACCGACGACAACAAAACCCAGAAGAAGAAACCUAAUGAGGAAGAUGACGAGGACGACGAUGAGGAGAUGGAGGAGGAAUCUGAUGGAUCAGAUGAUGACUCUGAUGAGGAUGAAGGUGACGAAGCGAUGGAGGAAGAGGAGUCAGAGGAGGAGGAGUCAGGGGAAGAGGAGGAGAUGGAGCAGGGAGAGGUGGACCAAAAUUUCCGUUUGGAGCUGAUGAAGGUCCUGAAGCAGCAGAACGCUCUGGCCACAGAAGAGGACGGCAGCAGCGAUGAAGACCUGGAUGAUGACGCCAUGAUGGAGCUGGAUAAGGGCCUGGCGGCGCUGUUCUCAGAGCAGAAGAAGAAGAACCAAGCCAAGAAGGAUGAGAAGACAAAAAUACAGAAAGAGAAGGCGCUGGUCCGAGACUUUAAGAUCAAGGUGUUGGACCUGGUGGAGGUGUUCGUGGCCCGGCAGUCUGGCAGUCCUCUUGUUCUGGGUUUGGUGGAGCCUCUGCUCACCAUCAUCGACAGAGGAAUGAGCUCCGACAGCAACCAGCAGGAGCAGGACUUCCUCCGGCGAGCUGCAGACAUCUUCAGGAACCAGCUGUGCAGGUCGAAGGUUUACUGCAGGACCGUCGGGGACAGACAGGGGGAGCUCUAUGACCUGCUGGACAAACUGAUGACUAAAGCCCAGAAACUGUCCGACUCCUCAGUCUGCCUCUACUACUUCAGUGCGGCUCUGUACGUGGUGAAAGUGCUGCGAGGAACUCCACCUGCUGAGGCCAAAGACGAGCAGACAGCCGACGGAGCUGCAGCAAAUGAACUGAGGUUUAUGGGUAACGUGGAUGUAGACCGAGUCUCCGCCAUCUUCUCUGAGGCUCUGAGCUCCUUCAUGGGCAGGAGGAAGAGCCCUCUGACCGCUCAGAUGUUCACAGACUUGUUCACCAGAUUCCCCGUUUUGUGUGUGAGGCUGUUGGACCCAGCCGUGCAACACAUCACAUCUGGGGUCAGAGUACACCAGCAGGGUCAGGCUUGUGUGUUGGUGUUGCGGGGGAUGCAGAGCAGGGAGGUUCGGCUGCUGCUGAGCGGCGCUCCGUGGACGGAGCUCUGUGCGAAGGUCUCAGGUCAGCUGGUGGAGAGUCUCCAGCAGAUCGGUCAAACUGAGAGCAAAGUGGUGAAGGAGAAGGUGUUGAAAAGCCUGGAGCUCUGUCAGUUCCUGGUCAAGCACGUUCAGCAGCAGAAACUGUCAGUGGACCUGGAGCCCCUUCAGAAGGCUCUGCAGUCUCUGACCGGCGUCAUUGCUUUCAAGAAGACGGGCAAGCUAGAGGACACCUACUGGGCCGUGAUGAAACACUUUGGAGUCAUGAAACCCAAAGUCGAAAAGACGAAGCCUGAAAAGGAGGACGGCCAACAGCAAGUUCCCAAGAAGAAGAAAGGUUUUCUGCCAGAAACAAAGAAGCGUAAAAAGCGCAACAAGCCUGUGUUGGAGCCAGCAGCAGCAGCGGUGGCGGACAACUCGACCUCCAAAGACAAAGCGGGAGCAGACAAAGGACAAGCCAAAAAGAAACAUGACAAGAAAACAAAACAGAAACGACCGGCCGACGGCGCCUCGGCUUCUCAGCCCAGCCCAGCCAAGAAGAGCAAGACACAGUCUGACAGCAAGGCAGCCAAGAAGAAGAAGAAGAAGAAACAGAAGCAGAAGAAAGAGGGAGGAGGGCAAAUGUAAAGUGGACACUAAUAUUUAAUGUUCAUUUCCUUUUUAAUGAGGCCGUGUUUUCGUCUGUUCAAUUUUUCUACUUACCUGGUUCCCAGUUCAGUUUGGACGAUAUGAAAAUAUCAACAUUUCCAUAUCAGAUAUGAUUAAACACACUGAAAACUUAAGAUGUGUGCUAUGUGAAUUAAGAUGGAUUAUUUUUCUAAUGUGUGAAUGCUGUUAGAAAAAAUGUCUCCAACAAUAAAUUCAUUUCUCAUCCUGUAAAUCCAUUACAACUCUGCUCCCAUUUGAGAACAGUUCUGUCAUCUUUUUAUUCAGACCAUUUGUUUUUUCAUUGAAUAUUAUAGUCUCCAUUGUUAAUUUUGAUAAGGUUGAUUAGUCUGCUGUUACAGUCAGGGUUUCCUUUUUAACCUGCCUCUUUAAGUCGUCAAAAUGUAAAUAUAUUCUGUCUAAAAAUACCAGAAUCAAUCCCCAGGGUGCUAAAACACCCAAAUUCUCAGGAAAGCUCUCUUUUUGUUAAAAAAUCUAACCUGGAUUGACUUUAAACUUGACGUAUGUUUGUAAAGAAGUUUUCACCAGCUGCAGAGUUAACAGAGGUAAAAUAUACAGCUCAGCUUUUUACUAACUUAACACAAAAUAACAAGGAAAAAUAUUCAUAUGACCAUAAAAUCUACAUAUUCAUCAUACUGUAAAAUGUCAGUUGGCUUUACGCACACCAAAAAACCUACUGCAGUCAUUGAUGAUAAUAAUAGUGCUCCCUUUAGGUUAGCAUUUUGACUUCUUUCAUACUUUAGUAGGAUCGAUGUUAAAUUUCGGUUGGUAUGAAAAUCAGGUUGACAAUACUUUAAAUGUCUUUUAAAUAUGAUGUUUUUUGUAUGUUGGGUAUUAUUCCCCAUACGUUACGACUAAAUGUUUUUCUACGUCAAGAUGACGUCAGACUGAGACAUUUGGAAGACGUAGCAUUUUGGGUUACUUAACAACAUAAUUUAAACCAACAUAUCAGCCUCAUCUGUUGACUGUAUCCUAUGUCAAAUUGAUGCUGGCAUCAGAUGUUAUCCUGACAUUGCAUUUUGGUCACCGGAUGUCACAACCCAACUUCAAAUACAGUUGUCUAAUGACAUCAUUGGCCAGCUGGGUUUAACGAGCUGGGCACAUAAAAUUAAACGUGCAGCAAGUGUCUUUUGGGUGGCAGCGGAAACAGUCGCACAACGCUCAUGGAAGUGGCUAGAUGGUAACCCUAGCUGCUUCAAAAUAAUUUUGUUUUGCUGUUUUAUGGUGUGACAACACUGUGGUUAAGGUCUGGUUAGGGUUAGGGAAAGAUAAUGGUUUGGUUUAAAAUGAUCACCUGAAACUCAGAACAUGAAAUCUCAUGAGAGUUGUCGCAUAUCUUGGGCUGCCAUCGAGACAUGACCGACACUAGCCCCUUUUACACUGCCUGUUGAAGGCAGGACUAUUGCACCGUUAUGUUGCCUCACUGUGCGAUAUAAAAGGUACGAUGGCAAUAUGGGACAACGGAUGUCUCACCUUUAAGCCAUCACAGGAGGUAGUAUAAACAGACAGCUGGCAGGACAGGACUAUCUGCAAGACGGAUGUGACGCUUUGAUGACGUGUUAUAUGUGCAACCCACCACGGGAGACUUAAAAAGUAGCUGAUAGCAGUUAGCAGCUAACUCGAAGAAGAAGAACAGCGGCCAAAAAUUUCCACUUAUUGGGAAAACAAUGAGGUCCAGGAGCUUCUUACCCUCCGAGCAGAGGUGGAGAUCACCCGCGAUAUAACAAAGACAGUAAAUGAUUGUUAUUGCCAUGUUAAUUCCAUUGUUAUUGUUUAUAAAGCGCUGCUGACACAUAUGUUAUAUGUCACUCUAGAGGCAAAUGUUACUGUUUUACAUGUCACACCUCUGUUGAUUUCACGAUGCCAGCAUGCUGUCUAAAAUCGCACCCUGGAGCGGAAUGAUGCGGCCGUUGUUUGGUUAUGUGUAAAACUGCAAAUGCGGUGAAAUGAAGGGACUUUGUAGCGGCUCUGUUGUGUGAUCACUGUGUAAAACGGGCUUCUGAUAUAUGACUUUUAAACUGAUGUGGUGAGCAAACAGUUUCUCAUUUCCAUCUUCAUCAUUUAUUUUGACUCUGUGUGUUUGUGUCACCUGAUGAAUUAAAAUCCAGUAUUCAGCCUC